AUGGCAGUAUUAUCAUUGGUUGAAUUAUGUUUCAUCAGUAUUAUGGAGAGGAUGGAAUAUAAUAACCAAGCACUCCAAAAAAUACCACCACAAUUGAUAGAGAGAUUAAUAAAUUUUAUGGUAUACAAAUUACCCCCAAAUCAUUUAUCACUACAAACGAUUUCAAAACCAAUAAGGAUUAAAUUGGUUAGACAAAAUAGAGUGAUCACCAUGAGAUUCUCAAUCUAUAAUACUAUCGAUAAAAUUAUACAUCAAAUUUAUGAAAGAAUUAUUAAUGAAGAAAAGAUGGAACAAAAUGAAAAACAAAAGAAUUCUUCAAAUAAUAAUUUAUUAUCAUUAUUAACUUUAAAUAACAAUAAUCAAAAUAAUAAUAGUUCAAUUAUUACCACCACAACAACAACAACUAAUAAUAAUAAUAAUAGUAAUUGUGGUAGUAGUAGUAGUAGUAGUAGUAGUAAACAAAUUUUAUGGGGAUCAAUCGAAAAUUAUGGAUUAUUUCAACAAUCAGGAUCAUUUAGAAAUGCACGUUGGUUGCAAUUGGAUAAAACACUAGCAUAUUAUGAAAUUGAUUCAAAUGAGACAUUAGAGUUUAAGACCUGUAAGAGUGUGUUAAAGAUUCGAUUCUUUGGUCCAUGGGAAAGAGUAGUACAUCCAUUACAUCAAUCGACAAUGUUGGAUGAGACAAUAAAGACAUUUGUUUUCGACGAGAGUAAGACAGUGUCAGAGAUAUCAAUGGAAUUGGCAAAGAAAUUACAAUUGAAAUAUCCAGAGGAGUUAUCAUUAAAAGUACAAUGUGAAGAGGAGGAUGAUGGUAGGGGAAUUUGGUUAUCGGCCGAUUUAACAUUACCAGAACAAGGAAUCGAUCCACUCUAUACCAUAUUCCUAUUGAAACGACAAUUCUUCUUUUGCAAAGAUAUUAUCAUCGAUUUCAGCAUGGAUGCCGAAAUGUUACAUUUUGUAUUCUGUCAAUGUUUGGAUGCAAUCAUCGAUACAUCGCAUCCAUGCUCGCCCACUGAAUCAAUUCUAUUUGCUGCAUUACAAUGUCAAAUUUGUUUUGGUGAUUAUGUUCAUGGUUCAAAAGAGAUUGAUCAAAUUAGACAAAGAGAUUUCCUUCCGAUGGAAUUCAUCAACCAAAAGAAUAUCCUAAAGGAAAUUCUAAUUCAAUAUCAACGUUUAAUUGGUAUGUCUGAACAAAAAGCAAAAUUAAAUUAUAUUCAAUUAGCAAAAUCUUUAAAAACUUAUGGAUAUACUUUUUUUAAAGUAACAAAUAGACAAACUAGUAUUGUUAAUAAUAAUUUAAGUAGUAGUGGUGGUAGUGGUAAUGGUAGUGGUAGUGGUAAUGGUAGUAGUAGUAGUAGUAGCAAUAGUAGUAGUGGUAAUAAUAAUAAUCAUAAUCAUCAUAAUCAUCAACAAUUAUUUGGUAUUUCAUCAGAGGCUGUUCUAACACUUGACCCAAUGACUAAUAAUACAAUUAGUUUAUAUAGUUUAUCAAAUAUUAGAAAAUGGCAUGUAUUGAAUAAUGUAUUUACAAUUGAAUAUAAUGAUAGAAAGGAUACAUUCAUUUCAAUGGAAGCAGAGGCAAUUUCACAUGUACUCUCGUCUUAUAUUCAUCAUAAUCUUAGGGAAACACCAUCGAUUCAAAAACAAUGGGAUCAAAAUUAUCUCUCUGUUAGUGGUAGAAAUUCAUUGACUAAUGGUAGAAAAAGAUUAUCAACUUGUUCAAAUUGUUCCUCUGAUUCAAUGGAGUUUGAUUCUUCCAAAUCAAAUACCAAAGAUAAAGAUUGGAAAUAUCAAUAUGGUUUAGUCAUAAAGAAAUGUGCACUCUACAUUGAACCAAAGAAACUUUAUAUCAAUCCAUUAUCAACUCAAAUCACUGGUUCAAUGGUUAAUAAAGAAUUAAACAAAGAUACAAAAGUUACAAAAGUUUUAAAAGUUUUAACUGACUUAUCUUCAAAAAUGAUUUUAUCUUUUUCAAAAUCAUCACCAGCCAAAGAAAGAGAGAUUGUUGUAAAGUUUUCAGAUAAAAAAGUAAAAAGUUUUGUUGUAGAUGAACAAAAAACAGUCUCUGAAAUCACUCAAGAAAUUGGCUUAAAAUUAGGUAUAAAAAAUCCUGAAGAAUUUUCUCUUCAAUUAAUAGUAAAUAAUAAAAAUAAUAAUAAUAAUAAUAAUAGUAAUAAUAGUUCAACUUCAUCAUCAUCAUCAUCAUCAGUUAAUAAUAGUGGUAUUUUUGAUGGGUUAAAUAAUAGUAAUGUAAAUAAUGUAUUUUAUAACAGUUAUAUUGUAAAUAGUAGUAUAAGUAAUAAUUCAAAUUCAAAUUCAAAUUCAAAUAUUUUAAAUAAUUCAAAUGAUGAACAAUCGACAUCAACAUCAACAUCAUCAUCAUUAGGUGGUAUUUGGUUAAAACCAUAUCAACCAUUAUCAGAACAAUCGAUAUCACCAGAUAGUAAAUUAUUAUUUAAAAAGAAAUUCUAUACAAGUGAUAUUGGUGCAGCUGAUGAUUGUAAUAGUGAUCCAGUUUAUUUUAAUCUUUUGUUUUUCCAAUCUAAGGAUGCUAUCAUAUCAAAUACCUAUACUUGUUCAAAAGAGGAAGCAAUUCAAUUGGCAGCAACACUAUUUCAGAUUAACUUUGGUGAUCACAAUCCAAACAUCCAUAAACCUGGCUUUUUAAAGUCUCAAGAUUUGAAAUUCUUUUUACCACCCAACAGUUUGGAAUUGUGGGGUCUAAGUUUUCAAAAGAUUGAAAAGUCAAUUUACAAAGAACAUCAAAAUCUACGUGGUAUCAAAGAGGUUUAUGCAAAGUAUCGUUACGUUCAACUAUGUCGUUCUUUGAAAACUUUUGGUGCUAUCUUUUUUAGUGUUCGUCAAUUAUUACCAAAUAAAACUAAUGGAAGUAGCAGCAGUAGUAGUAAUAACAAUGGUGGUAAUAGUAACAAUGGUAUCAAUGGUAAUGGCAUUAUCACUGGUGGAAAUGGUGGAAGUGGUGGUGGUGGCAGUGGUAUUGGUGGUAAUGGUAGUGGAAUUAAUACUGGUGGCAAUGGUUUUGGUGGAUCUCAACAAAUUCCAAUCAAUCAACCAUUGGUAUUGGGUUUCAGUAGAAAAUGUAUAUUGUUUAUGACUGCAAAAACAAAGAAAUUCCUCGUAGAAUAUCCCCUAACUCAUCUAAGAAGAUGGGCUUAUCAUAAGGAUACACAAUGUUUAACUUUGGAUUUUGGUGAUUAUGAAAUGGGUAGAAUCGUAUUACAAACAACUGAAUCUGAAGAAAUCUCCUCUUAUCUUAGUGACUAUAUCGAUUAUAUACAAACUAAAUUGGUUGGAAGCCAAUCAUUUUCAAGAUCAAUUUUUAAUUCUGAUAAUAAUAGUUCUUCCUUCUUUUCAAAUAGUUUUUGUAAUAAUACAACCACUACUACCACCACAACAACAACAACCACAACAACAACAACAACAACAACAACAAACAAUGUAUAG